UACUAGGCAAAUAUCAGCUGAAACAGGUCUGUAAAUUAAAGGAUUACCCACAUCUUUCCUUGUCUCAGAAUGUAAGAAGGUUCUGGAGUCUUCCACUCUGGCUGUGAACCAAUCACAGCUGCUACGAGAGAACAUCAGGCAGAUGAUUGGAAAUGCCAUCGCCAGGCAAAAAGCUGCCCACCGUACUGUCAAUGAAGCUCUGGUGAAGAAAAUAGCUGAGACAGUCACUCUGAAGCAAAAUCUCACAAUUAUGUCUGCAGCCGCCAGGCAGGCCAUUUUCCGCAAACAGAGGCAGCUGAACUGCAUUCGUCACAGCCAUGACAGAGCACUGGGCCCUGAGUACAGUGGGGAUAUACUUUCCAGAGAGAAACUGAACAGGCCUAUAGUAAAGGUUUACCACAGACACCCUGGGACCGAGUUACCUGAGGCUGCUCAUCUCAUACUGGGUAGUUCUGUGUUGAGACGCUGCCUGCUGUCCUCUGAAGAGGAGCUCUCCAGGCUGCAGGGCACGUGUCUGCAGCUGGUGGACAACCUGCACGGCAAGAGGGUCGCAGAGCAGGUGGACUCUGCUGUGGUCAGGCUGCGGCGGCAGCUGGUCGACAGACAAGCAAUGCCCACUUUCCUGCAACAGGAGGUGUACUAAACUCAUUAUGUAGUGCAUGACUCAAUGAAUCUUUCCUCUCUCCUUGGCUCCUUCUCAAAAUGAAUUGGAGGAGAAGCUCAGAGGGAAGACGAUUUAAGGUUCCUCCCCUCUGAUCUUCUCCUCCAAUGCGUUUUGAGAAGGAGAUGGGGAGAGAAAUCAAGGAAAGAGAAGAGCCCAUAUCUAUAGUUAUAUACAAACGGCACGUGUGUUUUAUCCUGGAUUUGAAGUGAAAAGAGGGACCAAUGUGUUGAAAAGGGACCGUUUAAACAUGAUGAUUAGGAAGGUAUGUUUUUGAACCUAGUCAUGUGUGGCAUCCCAACCCUCGAUUAACCACAUUUCUGCAUUACACCAUUUAAUGUGUACUUGAAAUAAGCAUAAACAGUAUUUCUCUGCAAACUCAGCCCCAUUGCUUAUUGUUUGGGAGUUCCUUAGAGGAGCAAUGUGCAUGGGUUACAUUGGCCUGGACUUGAUCUCCUUGGAUUAAUCCACUGUCAUAUUGUACAGCUUGGCAUCUAUAACGCGAAUUGAAUAUGUUCAGCAUAGACUGCAUUAGAAUCACAAACAGUUUACUGUACUAUGAUCAACUUCACCUGUGAAUAAAUGUAUACUGUUAUAAAGCCCAGUCUCCAUCACCCCCUCCUCUUCAGUCCGAGUCAUAAGACUGCAAGUCACUUGACAGUCCUCCCUCUAAACUUCAAGUCUUUCAUUAAGAAAUAAGGGAUGA